GGACUCAAAUUUGGCGUCACAAUCGCCUGAUACAUCGGAUAUCAGGCCGUCAUUUCGCAAGCCGUCGAAUGACGCUUCACAUCGCAAAUAUCGCCGUCAUUCUCCUCUGUCUGCCUCCUCGUCGCCUUCAUCAAGCGAAAGAUAUAUUUAUUUCAACUGGAUUGCAAUUUCCUUUGGUUCAUCCCAUUUUAAAAAGAAGAUAGUCUCUGGAGAAGGUUUCAGUGGUCAUUCCAAAGAAGGGAAAGUAAUCGAAGUGUAUAGUGUCCAUCCCGAUAAAAAGGUAAGCUUUUUCCCAAAGGAAUGUUUUAUUAUUGUAGUCUAGAUUAGAGUUCAUUGUUUUAGUCCAGAGAAAUGGAAGCACUUGAAUUAUCUAAUGUCUCUUGUUGGCCAUCAUGAUAAAAGGUAAAUUUUUUCCCAAAGAGGUGUUUCAGUCUACAUUAGCACCAAUGUCCAAGAAUUGUGUUUUUCUUCACAAUGUUUUGCAAGGUGGCCACAAGCAUAAUAGGAGCAUUAGUCCAGAUGGUCCUCAAGGCUAUAGUAGUAAAGCAGCUGAUGGUGCACGAAAGGAGAGGAGAAUUGAUGGAGAAAGAGAUUCAGUUAGGGAUUAUGGUCGUGGUCAUGGUAGGAGAGGGAGUGACAUACAUGUCAAUUCUGACAGGCAUUCUUAUGGUCGGAAUCGUGAUUACCAUGGUAGAUCAGAUGAGUAUUCUUACAAUCGUAGGCAUGGGGGCAACGAUGACAGAGAGUAUCAGAGAUACUCUUCUCGUGCAGCACGUGAAUCGAAAAGUGGUGCAAGGUCUGAAUACUCAAGACGAGAUGAUGACUAUCAGAAAUUGAGCAGGGAUGAUAGGUGGAAUUCUGAUAAAGGUACUAGGGUCAAAGAUUUUGAUGAAGCAUCAAGGAAGAGGAAAGAUAUGGAAAAAGAUAGAGACAAGGAUGAUGGAAACAGGGACCGCAAUAAAAAUUUGGAUAGGGAUGUUUCAAUAGAGAAGUCCAAAAAUGGAGGCAAGCACUUAAACGUUGACAUGGACAUAGAAGAGGAAAAGCACAAGGAGAGAGAUGAAAUGGUGGAUGUUGGUAGAGAUAGGGGUAGGAACAGAGAUGAAAACAAAGAAUAUUCAAGAGACAUAGGAGAUAGAGGAGAACCAAGGAAAGGUCGUGAUGAUGUUAAAGGCCGAGGUAGAGAUGAUUCUGGAGACCGUGAUGAAGCUAGAAAUAGAGCUAGAGAUAAGCAUAAGAACAUUGAGAAGGAUACUGACGCAUACAAAGAUGAUAAGGUGCAGCAUAGGAAAAGAGACGAUGUUAGAGAACGGGACCGAUACAAGGAAAAGCAUAUCAGAGAAACAGAUCGACAUUCUAAAACUGAGGCCAAGGCUUCAAGUUUUUACAAAGAUAGAGAUGAAAAGGAGCGAGAUCGCUAUCAGGAUGGGGAUGAAGGAAGUGCUAGAAAGGGACAAGAAAAUGAACAUGGAAUUGAGAAACUCUCCAGAAGUGUAAGAGAUGGAAAACAUCAAUCUGAUCUAUAUGAUAAAGAUGGCAGAAGACGUCAGCCCAUCAGUGAGAAUGCAGGGCAGAUAGAAGGAAAGGGUACUCUGUUGGUUGAUGAUAAGAAGUCAGAUAAAAGCACAAAUAAAUUGCCUGAAGCCCAAGGAUUGUCGGAAUCAGCCAGCUCAAUUGCUGCAGAGGCAGAGGUUGCUCAUGAUCUAAAUGCUGCGAAGCUUGCUGCAAUGAAAGCAGCUGAACUAGUGAAUAAAAAUCUUGGAGUUUCUGGAUCCAUGUCAGCAGAUCAGAAAAAGAAGCUUCUGUGGGGAAGUAAAAAGGCUGCCGCACCUGUAGAGUCAGGUAGUAACUGCUGGGAGAUGGCACAUUUUGCUGAUCCUGACCGUCAAGAAAAAUUCAAUAAACUCAUGAGUCUGAGUGCUCCUUGCUACAUAUGGCCAAUUGUAGGGUGUCAAGGGAGAAUUGAAGACAGAAAAGAAGGUAGAAGAAAAAGAUGGGCUGUUUGCUGCAGAGAAGCAAAAGGAAUUGCAGCAGGACUUAGAGAAGCAGUUUACAGCAGGACUGAGGCGACGAGAUGGUCGGACUGUUGGAUUAGGUUUAUAGGCAUUCUGGUUUGCGAUGUGUGUGUAACUCAUCUCGAUUAUCUUUUGGGGAAGGUCAUUAUAUAUUUAGAAUUCCCAAUAAUCUUUCAAGUACAUUGGGCAGCCAGCAGUGAUAACGAUAAGCUUACAAAGUCCUUUUGGCUCAUGUUUGCAUGCCAUUUGAAACUGCCAAUUUUUAAAAAGUGUAAUAGUUUGUGUUGUAGAACAUCGAGUUGGCACAAUCUUUACCAUGUUUGUAUAUUUUUGUUAAUUAUUGAAGUUAAGAUUAACUGUAUGCUUCCAUGCACUACUUUUGGCUGUAGCAUUUUUAUUUUAGUUAUUUUAUAUUUUAGGUUCAAUUGA